AGAGCCAGCGUGAUGGGUGAGGAGGCAACUCCUCUGUGCCUCCCUCAGCUUUAGUCCUCUGGGACCUGUGGCCAGGAGCCUUCCGGUUCCAGCGUGGCUUAUUUCUCUGUACAACUGAAGCUCAUCCCUAAAUGAGCCCGUUUGUCCUGCAUUGGGUGGGAUGAACCAGUGCCCAUGUUUCUGGUCAAGACCCCGUGCAGGGUGCGAGAUCAGCGGGGCCUUCUGGGAGACCCUCCCACCCCCAACAAGGAGGCUCUCGGGCACCCGUCAGCCAAGGGGCUCACUUGGACGGAAGAGAGUCCGGAUACUCGCCAGUGUAAACCAGGUACCAGUCUGUUCACACUGGGGGAAACCAGUGGCUGAUGGUCUUCCGGAGCAGAAAUCAGGAUCUGAUGGGUCUACACUGGCAGAAAUCCGACGCAGCGCCCCAGCCUCUGGUCUGAGAACACAAUCCCAGGUACCCAGGCUUCCUGAGAACAAAAGUAAAAGCAAAGGCCCCGCCACCACCGGCCUCGCUUCGGAGGGAGGAGCCCUGCGCCCCCGCCCCCAUGACCGCCCAGGUGAGGGCACCUGCGCGCUGGGUGCGCCUGCGGGAGGUCGGACAAAGGCGGCGCCACCAUGGCUCGCAGCGCGGCCGACAAAGUCUCCGGGACCGCGGGUUUCCGAGUGAGGAGGACCUGAACCGUCACUCUUUGCUCUCAGUGAAAGCGCACUCGGGUUCUGAGGCGUUAAACAGCAGCACCAGGUUUCCGUUCCUGGCAGAGUCGUGUCUGCACUGGCCGUGCUGGGCGUCCGACACCCAGGGUCUGGAAUCCCUUGACACCUAUAUCCAGAACACACUGUCUGCCCUCUACCCACCUUUUGAGGCCACGGCAGCCACGGUUCUCUGGCAGCUCUUCAGCGUGGCGGAGAGACUCCACGGUGGGGAUGGGCUGCGCUGCCUCACUGACUUCCUCAUCCCAGCCAAGAGGGCUCUUCAGCACCUGCAGCAGGAAGCCUGUGCCAGGUACACAGGCCUCAUCUUCGUGCACGAAGGCUGGCCGCUGUGCGUCCGUGAGAAGGUGGUGGUGCAGCUCGCGUCUCUCCACGGGGUCAGGCUCAGGCCCGGGGACUUCUACCUGCAGGUCACGUCGGGGCGGAAGCGGUCAGCCAGGCUGGUUUUAAAAUGCCUCUCCCAGCUUGGACGGGGCUCAGAGGAAGUCACUGUCCCGGAGGCCAUGUACGGCUGCGUCUUCACGGGAGAGUUCCUGGAAUGGCUGAACGGGGAGCGGACCAGUGUCCCCUUACAAAACUGCUUGCUGACCUCAGGCUCCGCCGUCUUCCGCACCCCGUGGAGCAGCGUCACAGACCCCAUCUUUGUACCUACAUUCGGAACUGUCCCGCCCCCCUGCAGCUGUCCUGGGCCUGAGUGGCCGCCCCCACAAAGCCCCUCCACGGCUCUGGCCCCGGCGUCCGCGGUGGCCAACACCCGUCCCCGGGAGGCCACCCCUCCCAGUAGCACCGCAGCCCUGCCCCACUGCCAAAGGCACCCUGGCAGUAACCAGCCCAGCCUCCAACAUUCUCCAGGAAGAGCUGGGUGUGAAGGCCCUCGGAGCCCGUGUGGAAGCUCCAACGGAGGCCUCGUAGGGGUUGGGCCCUCAGAGCUGGGCCCCCGGGAAGGUCCAAGCAGGAGCCUGGACGCCACAGACAAAAGGGACAACCCCCAGUCCCUCACUGUCUGUGAGGACAUGGGCAGCCCAAGCUCCAGAAGGCGGUUGCCCAGGGACCCAGCCAGCGUGGAGAGCAAACGUUGGUUCAGAACGUCCUACAUGGAGGCGCUACGGAACCCCAUGCCCCUGGGUUCCAGUUCUGAAGAGUCCCUUGGAGACGAGGCCUGCGGCUCCCAGACCACGCGGGCCAGGACAGCAGCCGGCCCAGCCCCAAAGGAAACGCCCAGCCCCUGGGGAGACUCCACGGGGAUCCCAAGUCAGGAAAAACGUCCAGGAGCCACAAGGAGCACCCUUCCCCGGAGGUCUCGGUCCUGGGACAGGGCCCUCAGGAGCCGGCGAGGCGACGCCCGGCGGGCCUCUCACCACUCAGUCGGCAGCGGGCUGGGAGAGCUCCCAGGGGGACAGGCCGAGGAGACCAGAGGCGCACGCUCCAGCCGCUCACCCCGCUCCGGGGCCCAGAGUCCAGGUCUUGCUGGUGCCGACGCAGACAGCAGCCCCUUCCGUCGGCCCGAUCCUGGCUGGAUUCCAGAUGUGCCUGAGCCACUGUGCCCCGAGGGAGGAGGACGGCCACCCAGCACGGGAGACGUGCCCAGCCAGAUGCCCAGGCCGGUGCUGGAGGUCAGCCAGGAGCUCCUGCAGUCGGGGCUCCUCGCCCUCCCCGGGACCCGAGACCACCAAGGGAGGGCCGUGGUGCAGGUCUGCACGAGGGGCCCACUCUGGUCCAGCAGACACGCCUCCAGCGCCGAGCUGACCCGCCUGCUGCUGUACUUCCAUGGCAUCCCCAGGAAGGAGGUGCGGGAGCUGGGGCUGGUCGUCGUGGUGGACGCUCGCGAGGGUCCAGCUGCCCCUGCCCUCUUCCAGGCUCUGGCAGCGCUGCAGAACACGCCUCCUCCCAUAAUUCAUACUAUUGUGCUGUUGGUGAAUAAAGAAUCGGGAUUUAGGCCUGACAAGGAUGGAACAGUUCAGUGUGAGGUAGUGGGCUCCCUGAAGGCCUUACACAAGCUGGUUGACAGCUCGCAGCUGACCGCAGACCUUGAUGGCUCCUUUCCCUACAGCCACAGUGCCUGGAUCUGCUUCCGUAGGAAGCUGGAGCCCUUCACCACAAAUUGCGAGGAUGCCAUUGUUUUCCUACAGAAUUCAGUCCUCUCCCUGAAUACCCCCCGGACCCUGAGCACAGCACAGGAGGUCACAGACCUAAUUGGCAAGCACAAAGCAAUGAUGAAGUGUGUGCUAGAAGAUGCCCUCCUUGUGGCCCUCCGACUAGAGGGUGGUGCCGUGCUGGCGCGGCUGAGGACGGAGCAGUUGGGCACCAGCCAAGACUGCCGGGAUGCCAUCGAGGCUGCCUCCAGGUUGUACAACCAAGUGGACGAAGAGGUACAUCGGCUUGUCCUCGCCUCCAACAGGUGUCUGCAGGAGCUGGAGAGGCUGCAGGGAGUGAGGGCGCUCCAGGAGCGACAAGGCCAGGUGGAUGGGUGGAGGCAGCGGAGCCGUGAGUGCCUGGAGCUCCGGGGCCCAGAGCCGGGCAUGGAAUGUGUGCAGAGCUGUCCGCAGGAGGCCGCAGAGCUGACGGUGCAGAGCUUCCCCGAGGCCAGCACGGCGAUGGUGGCCCUGGGUGGCCCACGGGUGCUGCGGCAGCAGCACCCCUUAGAGCUGCAGACCCAACCCCGCUUCCAAGAGGCCCUGUCUGGGGUUGGCCCAGACCCUGGCACUCCGCCUCUAGACCAGAGAGCCCUGGAGCCUGAGCUGGCCCCGGGAGCCGAGAGGAGGCACCGUGAGCUGUCCUGGGCCCCACCCACUGACCCGGAGGGUCGCACUGGGAAGCAGGCCCAGCUGCUACCUGGCCUCCCUAGACGAGCCCCUCCGUGCAGGCAGGAGACCGAGCCCCUGGCCCCAGCUGUGCCUUCCCCACAGGACAGCACCCCCUGCUCCUCUGAGCGCAUCCAGACACCCACCACCCACCCCAGGAAACAGCCCCUGAAGAAAAUGAUGAGGAAAACACGAAGCUUUGAGAUCGCACAGCUUGACAGUGGGCCCAGGGACGCCCCCUGGCCAGGCCACACCGGGGUCUUCAUCAGGGGCCUAGAGGUGACCAGCACCGUGGCCUCUGAGAAGCCCCCACCGAGGCCACAUGCUGAGAGCCCCCUGGUCACUCGGAACCAGAGUCUGUCCUCUCCCUCCAGGACCCCCCGCUCCGAGGAGGACGGAAGGAGACGAGCAGGAAGCAGCCGCCGGCAGCACAUACUGGCCGAGAUGGUCUCCACGGAGAGGGAGUACGUGAGGUCCCUAGGGUACGUCAUCGACAACUACUUUCCAGAAAUGGAAAGAACAGACCUGCCCCAGGCCCUUCGAGGGAAGCGCAGCGUUGUUUUUGGGAACCUGGAGAAGCUCUAUGACUUCCACGGCCAGCGUUUCCUGGCAGAGCUGGAGCACUGCCAGCCCUGCCCACUGGCAGCGGGCCGCGGGUUCCUGAAACACGAGGAAGAGUUCGGCCUGUACGCGCUCUACAGCAAGAACAAGCCCCAGUCGGACGCCCUGCUCUGCAGCCACGGCAACGCCUUCUUCAAGGACAAGCAGCAGCAGCUGGGUGACAAGAUGGACUUGGCCUCCUACUUGCUGAAGCCCGUGCAGCGUAUGGGCAAGUACUUGCUGCUGCUGCAGGACCUGGUGCGGGAGGCUGGCGGCUGCCCCGCCGGGGAGCAGGAGCUGCGCGAGCUCCAGGCUGCCGCAGACAUGGUCCGUUUCCAGCUGCGUCACGGCAACGACCUGCUGGCCAUGGACGCCGUCCGAGGCUGUGACGCAGCCGGAAUAGAGGCACAGAGCCCGGUGUGGGGAGAGGACCGUGCCCCGCCCCAAGAAGCCACACUCGUUCAUCCCAGAAGCUCCCGAGCUGUGUCCUUUGGGUCUGACGGAGGUUCCUUACACGGGCAUCACUGGGGGAGGCACCAGCCAUUGGCGGUGAGUCUGAAGGAGCAGGGGCCGCUGAGACGCCAGGACGAGUUCAUCGUGUGCUGCGGGAGGAGGACGCACCUGAGGCACGUGUUCCUCUUCGAAGACCUCAUCCUGUUUAGCAAGACCAGGAAGGCGGAAGGGGGUUACGACACCUACACGUACAAGCAGUCCUUCAAGACGGCGGAGAUUGGGUUGACGGAGAACGUCGGAGACAGCGGCUUGAGGUUUGAGAUCUGGUUCCGCAGGCGGCGAAAGUCCCAAGACACCUACAUUCUCCAGGCCAGCUCUGCAGAGGUCAAGUCGGCCUGGACCCACGUGAUAGGGCAGAUCCUGUGGCGGCAGGCUCUGCGGAACAGAGAACUCAGAAUGCAAGAAAUGGUGUCCAUGGGGUUAGGCAACAAGCCGUUCAUGGACAUCCAGCCCAGCGAUGCGGCCAUAAGUGACCGGUCUGUCAAGAAGGGAGCAGAGUUACGGACCCGAGCAUCCGUGGCUGUGCCCCUCUGUGACCAUGCCGCCCCCUUUAAGAGACCACACUCCACCAUCUCAGACAGCAGUACCUCCUCCUCGGGCAGCCAGUCAUCCUCGGCCCUGGGGCCACUGAGCCCAGCCCUGCUGAGCUCCACCCACUGCCCCUGGCCGGCUGACUUGCAGGCCUGCUUCCAGGAGGAGGAGGAGCUGGAACAGGAGCCCGGCAGCCAGCCUUCCCUGCUGACCGAGGGCACGUCAUCAGGGGACAGUGGCCUUGGGCUCCCAGAGCUGUUCUCUGAGGAGGGCCCCAGGAGGGGCGCACAGGUGCCCACGCUCAGCCAGCACACCACGAUGCUCUGACGUGUGGGGAAGAGGCUCAGCCCCUCCAGGGAGAAUCUCCAGCACAGGGACCACAGGAGCCUCCACCCGGACCUGUGCCCGAGGUCUGGAAAGGAGGCACUCCUGCUGGGGGCUCCUGACGUACCCCCUACUCCAGCCGCCGGCCACACAGGCAGCGCGCCACGGGCCCCGCCCGCCCGGGCGCCACCUCCAGCGGUCUACACAGCUCCUCCACCCCAGCUCCGGGGCCCAGAGGCCCGGGCGGCUCCAACCUCCACACCCGGAGCUUCCCCCGUGCUCUGAAGGCUGCAGUGAGAUUGGGGUGGAACCCUGGCUCCCGGGGGUGGUCCAGGCAGACUCGGGGUGUGUCAGAGCAGGGCGAACCCUCGGGGAACACGUCUCACUGUCCUUCCAGGCAACGCAGGCCCAUGGGCAGUGGUUCCCCCAGAGCGGCACCCACUGUGGUAUGUCCCAGGUGCAGGGGUGCCUCUGAGGGAAUCUCUGGGGUUUUUUGUUUUUAACAAGGCCUGUGUAGAUAGUGGGAACUGGUCACCACCUGUGGGCCGGGACCCCGGUUGGGGCAAGGGCACAGCUGCCAGGCCUGAGGUCUGGGGUGUGGACAGUGCCCCAAGAGGACCACCCCUCGCCAAAUGGAGGCACAGAGUAGUGACAUGCAGGGAAAGCCCAGGUACACGCCAGACCCUGAGUGAGGUUCCUGCUGGGAGGUCUUCCCCACGAACCCUGUCCCCCAGGUGGCAGCCUUGGUGAUUUCCAGCUGCUGUAAGCCGGUUUCUUUGUUUCUCUGCUCCAGUGCUGCCUCGUUCCAAACUUUAGGAACAUAAAUAAAUGUCUUUCUAAGA